AAAUUCGUAGUUCAGAUUAGCAUUAUGCUUAAAACACAUAAUAAUUUUAUUUCAGAAUUAGGCAUUUUAUAAGUGAAGUAAAUCAGACGGACACAGUUGAAGUGGCGUGGUUGCGGGGACGAAACGAUGGCGCGCGCCAUGUUGCUGGCGUUAGCGUUUGCGGAGCUCGCGAGUGGCGCGCGCUACGUGGACUAUGGCGGUGUCAAGAUGCCUCAGUACGGCGGCGGUGCAGACUACGAAGGUCCACGUGACGAGUAUGACGACCACUCCCCAGAUAUAUUAUCAGCGUCUCAUGACUAUAGGGACGAAGAUGAAUUAAUAGGUAAGACCGAAAAGUUAAUAAAAGAUGUUGAAGAACCAGACGCUUGGCAAAAGUUUGACUCGACAGUAAAAUAUAGGCGGCAACCAUCACAUAGUGAUGAUGGGGAUAUAGACACGCUUGAUAAGUACAGUCCAGAAGAAAUGGUACCCAAAUUCAAAUCAAGCAAUCGGUUUGCGAAGCACCGAUCACUUAAAAUUAGAGAUUUUGAAAGAGUAGACUCACCACGAAAGAGGACUUCAAAAACACAAACUCGUCACAGAAUUGAAGACCAUGUCAGAAAAGACGCGCUUGAUGAAUUGCAUUCUGAUGACUUUAGUGAGAGUAAACACAGUGAUUUACACGAAGAUUCGAUGGAGUACACUCGAAGAGCGACUACUGCUAGAGUAAUUAGACGGAAACCUAGAGAUAGAUUUGAGAAAGAUGAAUCUGACGAUGAUGACCCGCUUGCUGAACUGGGUUUAAGCCUUGGUGACAGUGGUAUAAUGAGUAGUGGCCGUCUUGCCAAUUAUCCGUCAGAUACUGAGUCCCGUAGAGGUGGCGGGCCUCCGAAGCGCCCCGAAGGUGCCCCGUUUUUCAUAGACAAAGAUUUUCAUAGAAGUAGCGGGUUUCAGAGGCGACCCUCAGAUAAGAGCGGGACAUUUCGCGGUAGAGAAGACUCUAUAGAAAAACCAAUUCAAAAAGGCAUUCCGGACUAUAGCGAUUACUACGACAUGAGAAGGGUUGAGAGUAUAAAGAAUAAAUUGCCCGGUUUUUUACACGUAUCUUCUGAAGCCUCAGCAGACAAGCCAACCUGGAAAAGUGUGGUGCCUUUGCGACGAGCUGGCGGCGGUGUCGUGAUGGCUCCGACGCCUAAUCCAGGACUCCUAAAGGUGACCAUCCCCUCUACGAUUACUACGGAUGCGCCGCUUCCUGAAGUAUCGGAAAAACUCUUGCCAGCAUCCAAAGUGAAACAUUCUACUGUUGUCACGUCAAAUCCCGCUAUAAUCGUUACUUAUAAAGACGCAGCUUCAAGGCUUUCACUAGCCCAGAAGUCGAAACUUUCCAUAAUGAAAUCUUUAAAAAAAGAUAGUGGUAUAAGUGAAACUUCUACUAAGCCUCCGGUGUUAUUGCAAGUAACAAAAAAAGGACAUACUGUUAUUAUGGUGGAGCCUCCGACCGCUCCAAAUCCGUUGCUGCUCGGUGCACGGUUGGUGUCGAACGACUCUCCUGGUACGCAGGAGAAAGUGAAGCGGCUGAUGAGACAAAAACUAUUAGCAAACUCCAAGAACCUCCGCGAGCUCACUGAAAAUUGGGAUUCUAUGAUUUGUGAUUAUAUUGAUACAUCUUUGUUAACAGAAGAUCAUCCUAACUACUUAUCUAAUAGCAAUAUAAACUUAUGUACACUUAAUGUUGUUAUUCUUCUAUGUGCCCAUUACAUUGUCUAUGUCAUAGGUCACGAAACAUCGUCGUCAGCUACAGUAGCCAGCAUAGCUGAGAAAGAACUGAAGGCAGCUCUUAGCGCACACCGCCAGCGGAAUAAUGCUCCCGUCACUGUUAACAACCCACGAUUAACCAUAGAUGACGCUGAAGUUGCCACUUUCACUCCCUCUGUGAUUUCCAUCACAAUGUCUCCAGGAGCUGUAGAACGUAACAUUGCAUCUGAAUGGAGUUCUUUUAUUGCGCUUAACAGUGCAUCGCCUAAUAGACAUAUAAUUUCGAAAACGUGGUUAGAACAAACGCAGGCAAAGCAAAACAAUAUGGGUGGUUGGAUAUUUGGCAGCGGCAGCGUUAGUGACGAUGCGAUAGUGACACCUAGCGGAUGGCGAUAUGGUGCGGACGGUUGUAGCGAGAGGGCGCCAUUUGCGAGUGCUGCGGUAGGAUUGAUUGUGCGGAGGGAGGCGGAGCGACAAGCGCGAAGUGCGCUGCCUAGCGAGUGCUGCCACAUUUAA